AUGUGGCCUGCACGCAGGGUUACACUGGUUUACCAAAUUUUCCACUGCGAUUUCUGGAUUUCAUAUCUACCCAUGAUUAAAGCGCCGGCCCUUGCUAGAAGCAUAAGACCGUUUUCGUCAGCGGUGCCCAGAUCUUUUCUCGGUAAUUUUUUUGGUACCAAAGAGGCCAAAAAGAAGGAAAUCAUCGAAAAGCAAGAUGAGUACGAAGUGGAUGCCUCAUCCAAAAUCGUAAUCUUGGACAGAAACAACUCGCCAGAUUAUAAACCAUUCAAUGCCGCAGAAGACAUGCCAGAUUUUAAGAUCAUCCAAUGGAAAUCAAAGGUGGUCCGUGCCCAGGAUAUAGAAUCUUCUUUCACUCCGGAGUCUGUUGCCGAAGCGAUAUGCGACACUUACUCUGAGUUGAAAGGCAGCACCAUCAGUCCGAACAAAUUCUCUGAUAUCUCUUUGGCAGACUUGCAGUUCAGAUUUGACUUUGCCAAAGCCUUGCAACUGAGAUUAGGUUUUGACAUUAGCGACUACACUAUGACCCGGGCGCACAACGUGGAUUACUUAUACCUGGAGUUGAGAAAAGUGAUCGCACACAGAUGGUCGAGCGAGAGAAAUCCAAACGCUAUUGUUUUGAGACCAGAGGAUUUCUCUGAAACCGCAAACGUUUACUUGAACAGGGAACGCACAGAGGAGGAGCAAAAGAAGGUAUUGGACGAACUCGUGGAGAAGGUGAGGGCUUCUGCUAGCCCUUAG